AUGAGCUUCGUCGCCGCCCGAGACGCAGCUAGCGCCCCGCGUCCGUCCUUCCCCGGCCGCCGCUGCUGCAGCAAGCUGCUUGUGUGGUUCCUUCACCUCCCCGCCGCUUCUGCCAGCCCCAGCGUCCCGCACGCCUCGGCCAUGCCUCUCUACUCGGUUACGGUAAAAUGGGGAAAGGAGAAAUUCGAAGGCGUAGAGUUGAAUACUGACGAGCCACCAAUGGUGUUCAAGGCUCAGCUCUUCGCACUGACGGGAGUGCAGCCAGCCAGGCAGAAAGUCAUGGUGAAAGGAGGAACAUUGAAGGAUGAUGAUUGGGGUAACAUCAAAAUUAAAAAUGGAAUAACUCUACUCAUGAUGGGGUCAGCAGAUGCUCUUCCGGAAGAGCCCUCCGCUAAGACAGUCUUUGUCGAAGACAUGACAGAAGAGCAGCUAGCAUCUGCUAUGGAAUUACCCUGUGGACUGACAAACCUCGGCAACACCUGUUACAUGAAUGCUACCGUUCAAUGCAUUCGUUCUGUGCCUGAACUCAAAGAUGCCCUUAAAAGGUAUGCAGGUGCCUUGAGAGCUUCAGGGGAGAUGGCUUCAGCACAGUAUAUUACUGCAGCCCUCAGGGAUUUGUUUGACUCCAUGGAUAAAACGUCGUCCAGUAUCCCGCCCAUUAUUCUACUGCAGUUUUUGCACAUGGCUUUCCCUCAGUUUGCGGAGAAGGGUGAACAAGGACAGUAUCUUCAACAGGAUGCUAAUGAAUGUUGGAUACAGAUGAUGCGGGUAUUACAGCAGAAGCUGGAAGCCAUUGAGGACGAUUCUGUUAAAGAGACAGAUUCUUCAUCUGCAUCAGCAGUGACACCUUCUAAAAAGAAAAGCUUAAUUGACCAGUUCUUCGGUGUUGAAUUUGAAACUACCAUGAAAUGUGCAGAAUCCGAAGAGGAAGAAGUCACUAAAGGGAAAGAAAACCAACUUCAGCUCAGCUGUUUCAUCAACCAAGAAGUCAAAUAUCUUUUCACAGGGCUGAAACUGCGACUUCAGGAAGAAAUCACCAAACAGUCUCCAACGUUGCAAAGAAAUGCUUUAUACAUCAAAUCUUCUAAGAUCAGCCGGUUACCUGCUUACUUAACUAUUCAGAUGGUUCGAUUCUUUUAUAAAGAGAAAGAAUCUGUCAACGCCAAAGUUCUUAAGGAUGUUAAAUUUCCUCUUAUGUUGGAUGUAUAUGAACUAUGUACACCAGAACUUCAAGAGAAAAUGGUCUCUUUUCGGUCAAAAUUUAAGGACCUAGAAGAUAAAAAAGUGAACCAGCAGCCAAAUGCAAAUGACAAGAAAAGUAGUCCCCCCAAAGAAGUUAAGUAUGAGCCCUUCUCAUUUGCUGAUGAUAUUGGCUCCAACAAUUGUGGAUACUAUGACUUACAAGCAGUGUUAACGCACCAGGGAAGAUCUAGCUCUUCAGGUCAUUACGUAUCAUGGGUGAAAAGGAAACAAGAUGAAUGGAUCAAGUUUGACGACGACAAGGUCAGCAUUGUAACACCAGAAGACAUCCUGCGACUCUCUGGUGGAGGAGACUGGCACAUUGCUUAUGUUUUACUCUAUGGGCCUCGCAGAGUUGAGAUCCUGGAAGAAGAAAGUGAACAGUAAUCGUCAAUUCAGCUAUUUAUGCUUAGGUGUGAAAUAAAUGUUAUUUGUUGAUCAUUUCUAUAAUCCAGAGCUUAUAAAAGGAAGGCUGUUUUCAGUGGAACACAAGAAAGCAGAAUCAGACCACAUGUGCAUCACCCUAAAAAUUCCAGAAAAGUACGUUUGGUGCGCUGCCUUUGUAGACACGGCAGCUGGAAGACAUUCUUUAAAAGCUUAUUUCUUGGAUUCCUAAUUGAAAUGCUUUUCAAUCACUUAUCUUCUGUGAUCAUUUUUUCCUUGCCUUUUUAGCCCAAGAUUCAGCAACAAUGUUUACUACACACCUGUGACCUGUUUGUUGUUCUUGCAUGGCUAACAUCACCAUCCAGUAGCUGCCCAUCCUUUGCCUGACCUGACGAUGUGUCUGGGAAGGUGGAAAGGAAGCGUUGCUCUCAUUGUGUGACUCAGCGCUGCUGUCCCAUCCCAUGGAAGCAUGGGUGCAAUCAAGUGUUUGUGCAGCCUGACUGCUGCCAGCUCCUCAUGACUCAAAUAAAUUGUGAUCAGUAAGAGUUCA